AUGCCAGCGCAAGCCGCAGGCAACCUGAGCGCCUCCAGGAACGUGAGCGCCUGCCCCAGCGACAGCAGCAUCAGCCAGGUCAUCUUCCCGCUGCUCUACACGCUCCUCUUCCUGGUGGGCAUCACCAUGAACGGCCUGGCCACCUGGAUCUUCUUCAAAAUAUCCAGCAAAUCCAACUUCAUCAUCUUCCUCAAGAACACGGUGAUCUCCGACAUCCUCAUGGUGCUCACGUUCCCCUUUAAGAUCCUCAGCGACGCGAAGCUGGUGCCGUGGGUGCUGCGCGGAUUCGUCUGCCAGGUCUCCCAGGUCGUCUUUUACUUCACCAUGUACAUCAGCAUUCUGUUUCUCGGCCUCAUAACCAUUGAUCGCUACCAAAAAGCCACCUCUCCCUUCCGCACGUCAACCACRAGGAGCCUGCUGGGAGCCAAGCUCCUGUCCACGGCAAUCUGGGUGUCCAUGUUCAUGCUCUCCUUACCCAACAUGAUCCUGACGAACAAGAAGAAGACGCCGAGGAACGUGAAGAAGUGCGCUCUCCUCAAGUCCGACUUCGGCCUCGUCUGGCACGAGAUCGUCAACUACGUCUGCCAGCUCAUCUUCUGGGCCAGCCUGGCGGUCAUCGUGGUGUGCUACGUACUCAUAACCAGGGAGCUGUACAAAUCCUACAGAAGGACGAAAAGCACGGGGAAAGCGGUGUCCAAAAAGUCUGUAAACCUCAAGGUUUUCAUCAUCAUUGCCGUGUUCUUCAUCUGCUUUGUGCCCUUCCAUUUUACCAGGAUUCCCUACACGUUGAGCCAAACGAGGCAGGUCUUUGACUGCGCAGCCCAGAGGACCUUGUUCUACCUGAAGGAGAGCACGCUGUGGCUGACGUCCCUCAACGCCUGCCUGGACCCCUUCAUAUACUUCUUUCUGUGCAAGUCCUUCCGYAAGUCGCUGCUGCAGACGCUGUGCAGGGCCCCGGUGCCGGCGGAGCUCCGGCCGCGCGGCGCCGACCACAACGACGGYGACGACACCGACGAGACCCCCGUCUAGACGGGCACAAAGCGGUGCCUGCUGCUGGAACUAACAACGCACCAGGGCUCGUGCUGAUCAACUCAGUGUCUCUGAUUCUGUCACCUUCUUUCUUGCCCUGCGCGCUAGACAAGCGCACUGGAACUAACGUCACCGGUUGCAAAUAUCAGUGGAGAAAUUGCAAAGCCUGAAGAAAGCAAAAGAGCAUCCAUUGCUCAGAGCUGUCAGAAUGAACACACCAAAGCCAAGAAAUGACACAGGAUGAGGUUACAAACUGCCAAAUUUCCACAGUUCAUCCUGAAUUUGGGCCACAGCAGACGUGUCCACACCAGAAUAAACCUGGGAGAUGCAAAUGAAUUCCACACAAGCGUGAUUCUUCAUUCCAGGGAGCUGUCACCUGGCCUGCAUCUCCGUACAGAUACAAGACAUACACAAGCUACUUAUCUCUUCAGAUUUCUGGCACCAGAAUAACAUUUUGCUUAUUACAUUAUACACUUGCAAUUUUUAAUACACUGGCCAAUAAUUACUAGCUGCAUGUCAGAGGAAAUUAUUUUGUAAUCAGGCUUAUCUAGAUGUGACUUAAAUCUUUAAAUAUUUCAUCUUAUUAUGUGAAGAAUAAACAAGCGUACCUUUUAUAAAGAAAGCCAUACUGUGCUGGGAAAUGUCUGGAACCUCCCUUUACCGAGUGCUCAGUCCUGUGGGAAGGAGGGCUCGAGGUCUUUAGGUCUUUACU